AUGUCUCUGCUUGUGAACCAGCCCUCGAGCCUCUGCUUUCGGAGACCUGUGUUGGUGAGAUCCUCUCCUCUUCCCUCUAAUAAUGGCUUCUCAAGUUCCUUGCUUCAUACCCCUCCUUGUUUCAUCUUCAGCGUUGAUCCCUGUGGAGCAAGACCUCGGAAAGAGGGAAAACUCGUGAUUAUGAAUUUUAAUGGACGUGACUGCACUACUUUGGAUAAGAAGGUGCCUGUGGAGUUGUUUUACGAUGAAAUUGUAACGAUCGGGUCAUCCCAUGGCUGGAUAGCUACUUUGAAGGACGAUGGCAUAUUGCGCCUCCAAGAUGAUCUAAACCCGGUUGCAUCGGAUUCAGACCCAAAGCGCAUUCCCCUGCCUCCUAUGGUAACGCUUCCUCAUUGCCAAACUCAAAUUGUCACCAACGUGUCAAUGUCUUCAUCUUCUCCAGAGGAUGAGGACUGUGUUGUGGCUGUCAAGUUUUUGGGUCCUCAACUCAGCUUUUGCAGACCGGCUCAACUUAACUCCAAGUGGAUCAAUGUCAGAAUCGGACACCAAUGUUUCUUCUCCUCUCGUGUUAUGUAUUCCAAGAAAGACGAUAUGUUUCGCAUUCCCGGAUCUGGAGGCCACCUCAUUGGAUCAUGGGAUCUCCGUACAGAUAAGCUCCCCAAUCCCAAGUUGCAGAGUUUGAGAUUUCAAAAACUUCCCAAACUGACAAAGACCAAAGGGAAGCUUCUGGAUUCGUGCUGCAAGAGUGAACUCUUGGUUGAGUCACCAGCUGGUGAAACUUUCUUGCUUAAAUGGUAUAAGAAGUCUUGUGGCAAGAUCAUCAAUGGUAAUGCCAAAAUGAAAACAAAAGCUUUGAUGGUGUUCAAGCUAGACGAAGAAGGAAACGCUGUUUACACUAAAGACAUUGGAGAUCUCUGCAUAUUUCUCUCAAAGUCUGAACCUUUCUGUGUCUCUGCUAGCUCUUUUCCCGGCAUGUGCCCUAACAAAGUCACACUCUAUGAUGGUGACGAAAUCGGUGAUGUCCAUCUGAGUGAUUCCACCAUCGUUACUGAUGUGAUACCUACAUGCAGAAACAAUUACCUUAUUCCACCCCAAGAACUAGAUUAG